AGGCCUCUUAUCCUCUCUCAAUGGGACUAUCUAAGAUCUACCUCAACCUCUUCUGUGCAAUCAUCGCCCUCCUUGGUCUGGCUCUUACUGCCAUCAUAGCUGGUGUUCUCAUUUACCCCAUAACCCGUCCUAUUCCAGCUUGGUACGUCUACCUCGCCGGCUUCGCCCUCUCGAUCAGUCUGCUGAUCUUCGCUGCAUUGGGUGUCAGCCGUUCCUCGACGAUCAAAGCCUAUCGUGAGGGCAUUUCCAGUGUGCUUUUCAUCGCUAUCAUUUACGCUGCUCUCACUACACUAGCCGGUCUAUGGCUCUCCAGCUGGGCUGCGGAUUUCUUCGAAGUUGCUCGUAACGGUAUUGACUCUACCAAGCUAUCCAAGGCUGCUAUCUCCAUCGUUACUGAGGUUGAAAAAGACUUCACUGGCGUUUACGUGAACGCUGGGUGCCAUUUUGGAGGACAGAUGACUCGAAAUUUUGAUGGUAAAUUCUCGAAAGUACAAUGUGAUCAUGAACUAACACAGAAGGCUUUGAACGCUGUCGCUACCACUCCUCAGCCGGCUAAGGAGUCUGGCAGGGAAUAUCUCAUGUGCUUGUCGUUUCCAAGACAGCAGGCGAACAACGUUAAAGGCGUGACUGGCCUCUGGUGUCGAACAGGUCAAGCGAUGGUGAAUAACAUCGCAGCUAUCACCCUCUGGUCAGCCGUCAUCAUGUUUGUGGUGGCACUUCUUUUCCUACUUGCUGCAGCUGCUACAUGGCGACAGAAGAGGAAAGGCAUCAGGGAACAGAUGCCUCGUGGCUUUGGUGAAACUGCGCCUUUGAUGGUUCCUGGCGCGAGAGUGGUAUAUGCUUAG